GUCUACCUGCAUACAACAACUACUCUUGAGGAACCAAGAGUCGGUCACAGAAGACAAAACCCAGCUACAACAACUACUACUACCACUGCGCUCCUCCUCUAUUUCUUCUAAUUUCCAAUCUCCAGAACGGCAGCGACUACCUCCAGGCCAAUUCGUCGGAUUAUUCAUUCCUUCUUCCUUUUCCAGAAAUGGGAACUGAUGAUGGCCGAGCAGCUCUUCCCGACACUGAGAGCGUCGGUACUGAACGCUCCUCCUUCAGUGGCCCUUUAAGCGGCCCUCUAAACAAACGAGGACGAAAGAGCGCGCGCUUCAACCUCCCCGAACCCAUCUCCAGCGUCAGUCGUGCCAGCUGCAGCAGCAGCAACAAUAUCCCCGACGACGAUGCCUACGUCGAGAUCACCAUCGACGUCCGCGGUGACUCCGUCGCCGUUCACAGCGUUAAGCCCGCCGGAGGUGAAGACGACGAAGACCACGAGCUCACCUUGUUGGCCAAGAACCUUGAAAAGAGAUCCUCCUUUGGGUCCUCCGUGAUGCGGACUGCUUCUUUGAGAAUCAAACAGGUCUCGCAGGAGCUGAAGCGCCUUGCUUCCUUGACGACACGUCCAUCUGCCACUCGGUUUGAUAGGACGAAAUCGGCUGCUGCCCAUGCCUUGAAGGGACUCAAGUUCAUCAGUAGCAAGACGACGGACGGUGCCGCUGGUAAUGCUUGGCUUGCCGUUGAGAAACGUUUCGAUGAGCUCACGGCUUCUACCAACGGCGUUCUGCCCCGAACCCUCUUCGGGGAAUGCAUAGGAAUGAAUAAGGAUUCUAAAGAGUUCGCGGGUGAGCUUUUCGACGCGCUGGCUCGGAAGAAGGGCAUCACAGGAGACUCCAUUACCAAGCUUCAACUCCAGGAGUUCUGGGACCAGAUCUCUGAUCAAAGCUUCGACUCCAGGCUUCAAACUUUCUUUGACAUGGUGGACAAAGAUGCCGAUGGGAGAAUAACCGAAGAAGAAGUCAGAGAGAUUAUCAGUCUCAGCGCUUCUGCAAACAAGCUAUCUACCAUACAGAAACAAGCCCAAGAAUAUGCUGCCUUGAUCAUGGAAGAGUUGGACCCAGACAACCAUGGCUACAUUAUGAUUCACAAUUUGGAGUUGCUACUGUUGCAAGCUCCAAAUCAAUCCAUAAGAGGAGGAGAGAGUCGGAAUCUGAGUGAGAUGCUGAGCCAGAAGCUGAAGCCCAAUGAAGAGAGCAACCCAGUGAAGAGAUGGGUUGGAAAGAUAAGUUGCAGGUUAGUGGAUAACUGGCAAAGAGUAUGGGUAGUGGGGGUGUGGCUGGGAAUGGUAUGGGGUCUAUUUGCGUACAAGUUUAUACAGUAUAGGAAGAGAGCAGCGUAUGAGGUGAUGGGGUAUUGUGUGUGCAUGGCCAAGGGUGCGGCCGAGACACUCAAGUUGAACAUGGCACUGAUAUUGCUGCCAGUGUGCCGGAACACCAUUACCUGGGUGAGGAAUAAGACCAAAUUGGGAGUGGUGGUCCCGUUGGAUGAUAAUCUCAAUUUCCACAAGGUAAUCGCGGUGGGGAUCGCAGUGGGGACGGGAAUUCAUGUGGGAGCUCACUUGACGUGCGAUUUCCCACGGCUAAUGUCGGCAAGUAAAGAGAAAUAUGAUGAGCUAAUGGCGGCAUACUUUGGGGAAGAGCAGCCAUCGAGCUACUGGUGGUUUGUGAAAGGGGUGGAAGGGGUGACUGGGAUUAUAAUGGUGGUGUUGAUGGGGAUAGCAUUUACAUUAGCCACGCCGUGGUUCAGGCGAGGCAGGUUCAACCUCCCACACCCCUUGAAAAAGCUCACCGGUUUCAAUGCUUUCUGGUACUCCCACCACCUCUUCGUCAUUGUCUACGCUCUCCUCAUCGUCCAUGGCAUCAAACUCUAUCUCACCAAGGAAUGGGACAAGAAAACGACAUGGAUGUAUUUGGCCAUUCCUGUGACUCUCUAUACUUGCGAAAGGCUGAUCAGGGCAUUCAGAUCAAGCAUCAAACCCGUUAAAAUCCUCAAGGUUGCUGUUUACCCGGGAAAUGUGUUGGCGUUGCACAUGUCCAAGCCACAGGGGUUCAAAUACAAGAGUGGUCAAUACAUGUUUGUCAACUGUGCUGCGGUUUCUCCCUUUGAGUGGCACCCAUUUUCCAUCACGUCGGCUCCCGGAGAUGACUAUCUCAGCGUUCACAUCCGAACUCUCGGCGACUGGACACGGCAGCUCAAAACCGUUUUCUCUCAGGUGUGUCAGCCACCGACGGGGGAUAAAAGUGGUCUACUUCGGGCUGAUUACAUGCAAAGAUUGGGAACCCCAAAUUUCCCGAGGGUGUUGAUCGAUGGUCCUUACGGGGCGCCAGCGCAGGACUACAAGAAAUACGAGGUAGUGUUGCUGGUGGGGCUGGGAAUUGGGGCCACACCCAUGAUCAGCAUUGUAAAGGAUAUCGUCAACGAUAUCAAAGCCAUGGAAGAAGAGGAGGCGUCGACAGCUUUAGUUUUAGAGGCAGCAACCCCUCCUCAAAAGAGGAAAGGUAAUAGCUUUAAGACGAGCAGGGCCUAUUUCUACUGGGUCACCAGGGAACAGGGUUCGUUCGACUGGUUCAAAGGGGUCAUGAACGAAGUGGCGGAGAUGGACCACGAGGGCGUCAUCGAGCUCCACAAUUACUGCACCAGCGUCUAUGAGGAAGGAGACGCAAGGUCGGCCCUCAUUGCCAUGCUUCAAUCCCUUAACCAUGCCAAGAAUGGGGUCGACGUUGUGUCUGGUACCCGUGUCAAGUCCCACUUCGCCAAGCCCAACUGGCGUAAUGUAUACAAGCGCAUUGCGCUCAAGCACGGAGAUGCCCGAGUUGGAGUUUUCUACUGUGGAGCACCAGCACUAACCAAGGAGCUACGGCAGCUAGCCUUGGACUUCUCCCACAAAACGUCCACCAAAUUCGAUUUUCAUAAAGAGAAUUUUUGACUGAACGGGCGCAUGAAGAUUUGGAAGCUCACCAACCGAACAUCCAAUCCCUUUAUUAAGUAAUGGAGGAAGCUAUAGCCUAUAGUGCGACCACCCCCUCCCCACUCAAAUUAUUCAAAUGGGGUUUUGUAGGUGAACGUAAAACGCGUUGAGUCUAUUUGUAAUUUGUCUCUAUAUUUACAUUGUAAAUAGGAAGUUUAACCAGUUAGCUGAUAUAGUGGCCCAAGGCCAAAAACUGCAAGUCAGGAACUCUUCUAUUUCCUGGAUACCGGAUGUAAAUAACUAUAUUUCACUAUUGUUAUUAUAAUAUAACUCUUCUACUAAAUUACUACAUUA